GUGACGCUGCCCUCCGCGGUCCUUUUAUUCAGGCGGCUGCCAAGCUCGCGCACAGGGCUCGUGGAGAAGUCGGUGACAGGAGCUCGGCGUCCUCGGGAAGGCGAAGAUUGAUUGGGCGGUGGUUGCCUGCAGUGACUAAUAUCGCCGCUGGGUGUCGUCAUUGUUUGUUUUUUGUGGACCUGCCCGCUAGAGAGCGCCGUCUAUCUGCGUCCGAGUUGAACGUUUGUCGCACAGGUGAACAGAUCUGCAGCACAGCUGAACAUGGCAGCCGCUGAAGACAUCCAGGUCAAGGAGCUCGACAAGCGGGCCUCCGGCCAGGCGUUCGAGGUCAUCCUAGGUGCUCCCGCCCCCGAUGCUAAAGGAGACUUCCCCCUGUCUCCUCCCAAAAAGAAGGACGUCUCCCUGGAGGAGAUUCAGAGAAAGCUGGAUGCCGCAGAGGAGAGACGCAAGAACCAUGAAGCCGAGGUUCUGAAGCACCUAGCUGAGAAGCGAGAGCACGAAAAGGAGGUGCUACAGAAAGCAAUGGAGGAGAACAACAACUUCAGCAAGAUGGCUGAGGAGAAGCUCAACCAGAAGAUGGAGGCCAACAAGGAGAACCGCACCGCCAUCAUGGCAGCCAUGAACGAGAAGUUCAAGGAGAAGGACAAGAAGUUGGAAGAGGUGCGAAAGAACAAAGAGACCAAAGAUCCCAACUCGGAAGAGGGCACCUCAGAAAACUGAAGGCUGCGGAUGGGGGGAGGGGGGUGUACAGGGUUUUUUACGUAUCCAAAGAUGGAUUUAUUUUUCGUUCAGCCAGUAUUUUGUUUUUCUGUGCUCACCUUUUUGAGACGAGAGAUCCACUCUGUGAAGGUUUUUCCAAUUCUCCUGCUUGAAGUGUAUCUGCGCUGUUCAUAUUCAUGUGCACCCCCCCCCCCCCCCCCCCAGCCCCUUUGCUAUCAUCUGACAUGUAGCUUGUUUCAUGCAGCUUUAAAAAAACAAAAAAAAAAGAAAACCCAAAAGAAAUUAGUGUUAUCCUGUUGGGAAGCAUGUUUCUAUGCAUCUGCCUUUUACUUCCACCCGUUUCAUAUUUGAAGAUGGCGUUUUUUUGUUUUUUUUUUUGGCGCGCAUUCUACACUCAAAGUAGCACAAAGUUGGAUGAGGCGUCGGCUGUUUCACAAGUGUUUCUAGUGCUAAGGUUGCUCCUGCCGCUCAUGCUUGUGCUCUUUCCUCUCCUGAUCCCACUCCCCCUUUGAUCAUUGCUUUUUGUAUUUAAAAAAAUGACAAAAAAAAAGCUGUGAAUUAACAUGCAAGUCGAGGAGGAUCAUCACUCAGCAGGGGUCCAUGCAGGCAAAGAGCAAUACCCUCUGGCAUCUCACAACAAGUGUCUAUUUGACUGGAACUGUUGUACGAAAAUAAAAACAAACUCAACUCCUG